AUGUUCCUUCCUCUACGUAGGGUCUUACUGACCCUAGUGUUCGCCCUCUCGACGACCAGUAGCGUUGCAUUACAGAAACAGGCCUCCAAGACCUUGAGACACCGCAGCUAUGCAAAUCAACUGGAUGCUCAAGUACCUCUCGCAUUCAAUCGAGGGCCUUCCGAUGUUGAUACAGUCAAAGAUACCAUGUUUGAAAACCCUCUAGCAUCCGGUAAGCGACCCACGCACGCUUCAUUUGCGCUUGGAUUUAUGGAAGAAUAUGCGGCAGAGUUCUACGUGAAUGGCUCCAAGAUCCCUCUCGUAGACUGGGAUGUAGGUUCUAGCUGGGCAGGGUUGCUGCCGAUCAGCGCCCAUCCUAACGAGACUCGAAAGGCAAGGCAGGACUUCCUGAAAGUUGACCCCCCCACUCACAUGGACGAUGUGGCUCGUCUUUUCAGCUCUUCUUCUGGUACUUCCCUCCUGGACCCCAGGGAAGUACGGAUGACCUCAUAUUAUGGCUUAAUGGAGGGCCUGGUUGCUCCUCUACGGAAGGAUUCCUGCAAGAGAACGGUUUGGAUGCCUGGCCAGGCGCGUGCCACACCUAACGAAUAUAGCUGGACGAAUCUCUCCGGGGUACUCUGGGUUGACCAGCCUAUAGGGACUGGGUACUCUGUCGGCACUCCGAAUAUUACGAAUGAGAACCAACUUGCGGAACAACUUGUUGGCUUCUUCCAGCAAUUUCUUGAGGUCUUUUCCGAGCUCAAAGGAAAGAAUCUCUAUAUUAGCGGAGAAAGCUAUGCUGGGAUGUAUGUCCCGUACACGGCACACCAUAUCUACGAGAACCCUGGAGCUUUAGAUCUCAGCCUCAAAGGGUUCUGGAUCUCCGAUCCUUUGGUCACGCACAGGUAUCUGCAAGACUCAGUUCCUGCCGUCAAAUAUAUGCAUCAGUAUGAAAACGUCUUCUCACUCAACCAAUCGUUCGUCGAGCUGCUAGACUCCGUUGACGACAGCUGCGGAUAUACCCGCUAUCUGGAAACCUACAUCACGUAUCCCCCCAAACCGGCCCCCUUUCCGCUUCCGCAAGACACAGAAGAGUGCAUUAACUUGUGGGAAAGCAUCUACAAUGCGACGAUGAUUAUGAAUUCAGGAUUCAACGUUUAUCAAAUAUUAAACACGUGGCCACGCUUAUGGGACGUGCUCGGUGCCCCCACACAAGUGAUGGAGACACAAGUUUCCCCGCUCUACUUUGAUCGCGACGAUGUCAAGAGGACUGUGCACGUUCCAGCCGACACCAACUGGACGGUGUGCUCGGAUGCGCCUGUGUUCGUCAACGACACAGAUACGAGUGUGCCGCCGUUCCUCAGCAUCAUGCCGGACUUGAUCGAGAAGAGCGAGCGCGUUGUCGUCGUACAUGGCCUGCUGGAUUACGUGCUCAUGCCGGAAGGAGUGCGCCUCGCCAUCCAAAACAUGACAUGGAAUGGCGUGCAGGGAUUCCAGACGCCCAUUGAAGACGAUACGCUUGUGGUUCCCGGCGUGGGUGCAGUCGGAAGAAUGCACUCCGAGCGCGGUCUGACAUAUUAUGAGGUUGCAUUCAGCGGGCAUAUGGUACCGCAAAACUCGCCCUGGGCUGCAAUGCAUAUCAUGCAGUAUCUCAUGGGCUUCAGAGAUACACCCUAA